AAACCACCACAAAACCAUCUCCUCUCUCUCUUGAAACUCACACUAGUCUCCAACUUCUCUCUGUCUAAUAAAAAAAUGGGUUCACUCUCUGUCCCAGAAGACGAGCCUCUGCAGUACCCUUUGGCUCGCAGAGACGAGUCCGUUGUCGACGAUUAUCAUGGCGUUCGCAUCUCCGAUCCAUAUCGAUGGCUUGAGGAUCCCGAUGCUGAGGAGGUAAAAGAUUUUGUAGAAAAGCAGGUGAAAUUGACAGAAUCAGUGCUAGAAAAGUGUGAUACGAGGGAAAAGCUUCGAGAGAAGAUUACGAAGCUCUUCGAUCACCCGCGCUAUCGUGCGCCGUUCAGGAGAGGGAACAAGUUAUUUUACUUCCAUAACUCUGGUCUUCAACCCCAAAAUGUCCUCUUCAUGCAGGAUAGUUUGGAUGGAGAACCAGAGGUUUUGCUCGAUCCGAAUGGACUUAGUAAGGACGGAACAGUUGCAAUGAGUAUUUGUGCUGUUAGCGAAGAUGCCAAGUACUUGGCAUAUGGACUUAGCUCAAGUGGAAGUGAUUGGGUCACUAUCAAAGUUAUGCAGGUUGAAAAGAAGACAAUCGAGCCUGAUAUUGUGUCAUGGGUUAAGUUUUCAAGUCUUAGUUGGACCCAUGAUAGCAAAGGUUUUUUCUAUAGCCGCUACCCAGCUCCCAAGGAGAGUGAAAAUUUGGAUGCUGGGCCUGAGACCAAUGCUAAACUUGAAUCAUGAGGUGUACUAUCAUUUCUUGGGUACUAACAAUCUAAAGAUAUUUUAUGUUGGAGAGAUCCCGACAACCCAAAGCACACAUUGGCACUUGUGUAACUGAUGAUGGAAAG